AUGGCCCAUCAUGUCGUGAUGAUUGCGCUGGUCACUUGGAGCUUUGCCAUAAACUACUUGCAAGGCGGAGUGCUGAUGAUCCUUCUACAAGACGCGUCGGACGUACCGGUGGCCAACUUCCUCAAACUCGAAGCCCCCAGGGUGGUACAUCUCCGAACCAGCGCAUCUACAACAUUGCGCCUGUUGUUUCCAUCGUAA